CUUCAAUAGUAAUAAAAAUACUGACAACCUAUCAGUGAGUUGAAAUUCAGUUUCCUAAUAGUCGACUUCGGCAUUGACCUCUCCUGCUCCCAUUUGAGAAGGACCGAACAUGAAUACCUCAAGUGGAGUGACAGGUGGCAACUAUUACGUGGUGAGUGGCCACAAACCCACAGCAGUCAGUCACUGUAUCACGGGUAACUUCACAGCCCCAAAUGACAUCAACCUCAUCGUGGCCAAGUUCUCACACCUCGAGGUCUAUUACGUCCAGCCGGAAGGACUCAAACUUUCCAGGGAUGUUCCGAUCUAUGGACGCUUAACUUGUCUGGAAGCAUUCCGACCAAUGGGAAGUGACAAGGACUAUUUGUUUAUGCUGACCAAAAAAUUCGACGCGGCAAUUUUGGAGUUCCAGCCUGGAAAGGAGGGGUCGAAUAACGAGUUUGAAGUCGUUACUCGGUGCCAUGGCAACAUGAAAGAAAGAGUAGGUCGCUUGUCGGAGUCGGGAAUGAAAGCGACUAUUGAUUCCAAAUGCAGAUGCAUUGCGCUUAGCAUAUACGACGCAAACAUCAAGAUUAUCCCAUUGACCCCUGACCUGACAGAGAUGACUGCGUUCACAGUUAGGUGUGAGGAGACUAACAUAGUAGACAUGACAUUUCUGCAAGGGUGUGAGACUACCCCCACUCUCUGUCUCAUCUACCAGACCCAGGGAGGCAGACACGCCAAGACAUACGAGAUCAAUGUCGCCAGCAAAGACCUCUGCAAAGGACCAUGGAAGCAGGACAACAUCGAGAUAGAAUCAUACAUGGUGGUGCCAGUGUCGGCACCUCUGUUUGGAGUACUGAUUAUAGCAGCCCAGUCUAUCACCUACCACCAGGGAGAACACUAUGCGCCCAUUGCCCCUCCUGCGAUCAGGGACGCCUCCAUCACUGUCUGUGCAUCAAUAGACUACAACAGAUUUCUUCUGGGCGACUUGAGUGGCAGACUGUUCCUGCUCCAGCUGCACGAUGCAGACCCGGCCGCAGAUAACCCAAAAGUGCGCAACCUGGACAUCGCCCUGCUGGGCCACGUGACCAUCCCAGAGUGCAUCACGUACUUGGACAACUCGUACGUUUUUGUGGGCAGCAGAGUUGGGGACAGUCAGGUGGUGAAGCUGAACGAGUGUCUGGUGCAGGAGAGUGACCAGGAGAGUAACCUCUCAAUCGUGGAGACCAUCACCAAUCUGGGUCCCAUCGUGGACUUGACAGUAGUGAGAAAUGAGAACCAGGGACCGGAUGAAAUUGUCACUUGCUCCGGAUACGACUCAGAGGGGACCUUGCGAAUCAUCAGAAAUGGAAUCGGAAUCCAAGAAAUGGCAUCCAUAGAUCUCUUUGGAAUCAAGGGUGUUUGGACGCUCAAGCUAGACUCCAACCCUCCAAAUAGUUUCCACAACGUUCUCGUACUAUCCUUUGUCGGCCAAACGCGAAUGCUCCGUCUCUCAGGGGAAGACGUGGAGGAGUUUGAUAUAGCGGGUUUCAGUUGUGACUCGCAGACGCUUUUCGCUGGUAAUGUGAGUUGUGAACAGAUUGUGCAAGUGACGUCACAUUUUGUUCGUCUGGUGGAUGAUACAAGUGGUCAGGUGAUAACAGAGUGGAAACCACCUGUUUCUAAUACUAUCAGUAAAGUGGCGUGUAAUUCAUCCCAGCUAAUAGUGGCAACUGGACGAAAAGUGUACUACUUGGUAAUCAGAGAAAGACUCAUCUUCCAAGUGGGACGGGAGUUCGAAAUGCCCUACGAAGUGGCCUGCCUGGACAUCACUCCUCUGACCGACUCUAAAUUUAGCGACAUAGUUGCAGUGGGAUUAUGGACAGAUAUAACAGCUCGAUUGUUUUUGCUACCCGGUGACAAUCAAAGUGAAUUUGUGGAAAUUGAGUCGUGCACACAGAAACUAGGCGGGGAGAUUAUUCCGAGGUCGUGUAUGAUGUGUAAGUUGGACGACGUGCCAUAUUUGCUGUAUGCACUGGGCGAUGGAUCUCUGGUUUAUUUCAAGUUCGACUAUCUGAACAGGGUGCUGAGUGAACGUCGAAAAAUCAAUCUCGGAACCCAGCCGACAACUCUGUCGGCUUUCGAGACGAAUGGGGGCUCAACCAAGAACAUCUUCGCAUGCAGUGAUAGACCCACUGUGAUCUAUUCAGUGAGCAAGAAACUCCUCUUCUCAAAUGUCAACUUGAGAGAUGUAACACACAUGUGCUCCAUCAACGCAGAAGCGUACCAGAACUGUCUGGUGCUGUGCAAUGAGUCGACUCUGACCAUUGGGGCCAUGGACCAGAUCCAGAAGCUACACAUCCGCACAAUUCAUCUCUACGAGACGCCUCAUGCAAUGGCAUUUCAGAAGGAGACUCAGACUUAUGGACUACUCACUAAAAGACACGAUAAAAGGAAGUCACUGUUAUCAUUAAUGUCGGAGGACAACCCUAAUGCAGCCAGUUUAGCCGCGCUGUCGCACAGUGGUUACUCAGAAGACAGACAGGCUAGCGAGUUCCAGUUCCCACAGCAAGUGGACUCGGCCGAAGCAGGCGGCACUGCAAUGGACGAUAGUUUCGAUCGCAGUUUUGGAAAUCUCCAAGAUUCGUUCCGGAUGGAUACGACUAACGCCUCAUUAAACACGACGACUAACCGAAGUUUUUCGGGCUCAGUUAACAGCGCAUCACCUGGAAAUGAGAACGAAAGCAACGAUGGCGCCGAUAUCUCGUCUGUAGUCAUUUUGGAUCAGCACACCUGUGAGCCGCUGCAUGCGUUUAGACUCAAUCCAAACGAAAUGGCCUGCUCUAUAAUCUCUGCAAACCUGGAAGAAGACUCGGCCUUUUAUGUUGUUGGUACGACAUACGUGUUGUCUCAUCAGGCAGAACCAGACAAAGGCAGACUGUUGGUGUUCGAAUGGAAGGAGAGCAAGCUGAACCUCAUCGCUGAAAAAGAAAUAAAAGGGUGUCCAUACAGUAUCCAGUUAUUUAACGGGAAGAUCCUGUGUGCUGUGAACCACAUGGUUGAACUUUACGAGUGGGCCACAGACAAGGAACUACGACUGGACUGCUGUCACUAUGGCAACAUAAUCGCUCUCUUCCUCAAAACCAAAGGAGAUUUCGUUGUUGUUGGAGAUAUCAUGAAGUCAGUGUCUCUUCUGCUAUACAAACCGCAGGAAUCCAGUUUCGAAGAGAUCGCCAAGGACUACACGCCUCUGUGGACAACGGCUUGUGAAAUCCUUGACGAUGAUACAUUUUUAGUCGGAGAAAACAACUUUAACAUUUACACUGUCACCAAAGACUCUGCGGCUACGACUGACGAAGAGAGAAGAAAACUGACGAUCACAGGAAGAUUUCAUAUUAAUGAUUUCAUAAACGUGUUUCGACAUGGCUCGCUGGUUAUGAAUAAUCCAAAUGAGUCAGUUAUAAAUUACCAGCCCUCUAUUCUGUUCGGAACUGUGAGUGGGGCUAUUGGCUUAAUUGUUCAACUGCCUCCUAAGCUGUUUUUAUUUUUGGCUGAAUUGCAGGAGAAAAUUGUAGCUACGAUUAACAGUGUCGGCAAAAUCAGCCAUUCCACGUGGCGCGAUUUUUCGCAUGAGUUUGGAAGUGAGCCAGCGCAAAGCUUCAUUGACGGAGACAUUAUCGAAAUAUUCCUGGACAUGACAGUGGCCGACAGAGAACGGGUCCUCAAGGGACUCCAGUUCAAUUCCAGUUUCCUCACCCAGAGACAGGAUCUGAACGUCGACAGCACCGGAGAUGAUUUAAUGAAUGAUUCAGGUCUUAUUGCAACUGAGGCUCCCUCGAAGGCAGCUCUGAAUUCAACCGGGCCCAAAGUGUGCGUAGAUGAAGUGGUGAAGUUGAUUGAAGAUCUAGCUCGAUUGCAUUGAUUGCAAUCGCCAUUCUUACUUUUGUUAAAUCCUUGUUCAGAAUCCUUGUUUCAAGUUUGUGUCAGGAGAAUGAUAAGAUGUGCUAAUGUUAUCUCAAUAAAACUAGCUGUAUUUGAGUUUUAAUUUUUUUAUGUUUCAAUUAGA